AUGUGUUCCUACGACCAUGCCAUUGAUAAAUGUCCACAGUUCUUAGCGCUUACAGUGCAAGACCGAUGGUCUCACGCUAAAAGCAAGGGUAUCUGUUUCGUCUGUCUUAGACAAGGACAUAGAGUUAAGGAAUGUAAGCUGACAAAGCGUUGUAACGUUGAGGGUUGUGAAAAGAAACACCAUUCCUUGUUGCACAGCGAGAGUGAGAAACCUGGUAUCUCGAAUUGUUGCGGAUAUACUAAAUCACUAAUCAGUCAAGUGUGUUUAGGCAUGAUUCCCGUACGGUUGAAAUCGCGAAAGGCCGAGAUUGUGGGUUAUGCUCUGUUGGACAACGGUUCUGAUGUGACACUGAUAAAAUCAAACUGUUUGAGGUCUCUCGGGCUGAGCGAAGACGAAGCAUCAGUGGUAGUUGAGACUGUGGGCGGUAAUAGAACAAUGAAGGUCGCGAGUGCGCCUUUUGAGGUAUAUUCUUUAGAUCGAUCUGAACAUGUUACGAUUGAAGGAGCUCUGAUUGUGGCAGGUAUACCAGGUCAUAAGCCAACAAAGUCAACAAUGAACAACCUAGUUAAGUGGCCGCAUUUAAAUGAUGUGCCAAUAGAUAGCCUAGAUUCUGAAGAAGUUUUACUGUUGAUUGGUUGCGAUGUACCAGAAGCACAUUGGGUGUUAGACCAACGGUUGGGUGGAAGGAAGAACCCGUACGCUGUGAAAACGUUGCUGGGGUGGACGGUCUUCGGACCUGCAUCGUAUCCGGAUUAUAGGAAAAGAGUGGUUAAUCACACCAGUAAGAUACAGACAUUAGAGAACGAAGUACGUAAGUUUUAUGACGCAGAGUUUUCCGAUGCUUAUUCAAAUGAUAAAUCAUUAUCGGUAGAGGAUAAGGCAGCUAUAAAUAUUGUGGAAGAGGGCACGCACUUCGACAACGGCCAUUUCGUAGUUCCUAUACCAUGGAAAGAGAAUCCAAAUAGGAAAGUGGGAAACUAUGAAGUAGCCAACAGUAGAUUACAGAAUUUGAAGCGUAAACUGUUGAAGGAUAACAGUCUACACGCAAGGUAUACCAAAAGUAUUGAAAGUAAUUUUACAAAGGGCUAUGCGGAAAAGAUCCCUGAAAUACAAUUGCAACCUAGUUAUCGCCCCCGUUGGUACUUACCUCACCAUGCAGUUAUAAACCCGAAAAAGCCAGAAAAACUGAGAGUGGUCCUUGACUAUGCCGCCAAGUUUGCGGGUGUUUCUCUAAAUGAUAUGAUUUAUCAAGGACCCGACACAACUGCUGAGUUAGUGUGUAUAUUAUUGCGUUUUCGCAAAGAGGCAAUCGCAGUCUCUGCGGAUGUUGAAGAAAUGUUCAUGCAAGUGAAGGUCCCUGAGUCUGAUCGAGGAGCUUUAAGAUUUCUGUGGUGGCAGGGGGGAGACAUGUCGAAAGAACCAUCCGAGUUUCAAAUGACAUCUCAUCCAUUUGGCGCCAUAUCAUCGCCGUUUUGCGCGAACUUUUCCUUGAGUAAGACGGCCCAGAUAUUCUCUGACUGUUAUGAUGAUUAUGUCGUAUAUGCUGUUAAGAAUAAUUUCUAUGUUGAUGAUUGCUUGGUAUCUUUUCCCACUUGUGAUCAAGCAAAGAGUUUCGUUAAGCAGAUAAGUGAAUUAUUAUGUAGAGGAGGUUUCAAACUAAAGAAAUGGGUUUACCAACUCGAAGGAGGUAAGGACCAUCUUGCCUGAUGUAUGUAAAGAACAGUCCUUGAUAUAAAUGUCAACGGAUUACGACACUAAUCAUCGAACCCUAGGUGUAGAAUGGGAUUUUAAACAAGAUAUAUUUAAGUUUUACUUUGAUGCACCGGAAAGGCCUCUGAUUAGGAGAGGUAUUUUAUCUAUAGUUACUUCUCUGUUCGAUCCUCUGGGUCUGAUUGCUCCAGUCUGUCUUACUGCCAAACUUCUCUUGCAAAAAUUAUGUAGGUCCCAAAUAGGCUGGGAUCAGCCUCUCAACGAGCCAUACAUGUCCGCGUGGCUAGGCUGGGUAAGUUUUAUGCCUCAGAUAGGUCACGUCACGGUAGCUCGAGGUAUCAAGAGAAAAAUCGACGAACCCGACGCGAAAGUGGAAUUGCACUUGUUCAGUGAUGCUUCAGAGGUUGGUUAUGGAGCAGUUGCGUACGUACGAGUCAGCUAUUUGAAGGAGUUACCAUAUUGUAUCUUGUUGUACAGCAAGUCUAGGGUAGCACCUAUCCGACCAUUCACUAUACCGAGACUUGAGAUGGCGGCAGCGGUGUUAAGUGUGAGGCUUAGUGAAGUAUUACGGAGAAGUCUGCCUAAUUUUUUCUGCGAAGUAAACUUCCAUACAGAUUCCAUGAUAGUGUUAUACUACAUUAGGAAUAUUGAGAACCGAUAUAGCACCUAUAUAGCCAACCGCCUCGCUGUGGUGCACCAGUAUACGAAGGUUGAACAAUGGAAUUAUGUAAAGUCGUCACAGAAUCCAGCUGAUUGGACAUCAAGAGGUGUACAAAAAAUGACUGAUCUGGAAUCUUGGUUCAAAUGUCCUACCUUACUGCAUGGCGAAUUCUGUACAACAAUCACUGACUGUCCGGAACC